GGCCCAGAAACCCUCGAAUGAUCGGCUCGGAAUUUGUACCGUGAGUGGGUGAAUGAGUGCAUGAACAUUUCAGGGAAGAAGAAGAGGAAAGGAUGCAGUUAUUUUGCUGAUGUUCCCUGAAUGAAAGCGUGAUUUAAUAAAAGUGACCCGUUGUGUUGUGGAGCGUGAAGCCCGGCCAGAGUUCCCACAACCUGGAUUCUGUGUCAGAGUUUGAGGCCGAGCAGGUGGAACCAGGCCAGUGACAGCAGCCACGAUGGGAGGCGGAGGCCAGGUGACGGAGCCCGGAGAGCUGGUCAGCGGGCGGGCAGGUGGCGUGUACACUUGGCAGGAGGUGCAGAGCCACUGCAGCAGGAGCGACCAGUGGCUGGUGAUCGAUCGGAAGGUGUACAACAUUACCCAGUGGGCCAAAAGGCACCCGGGGGGGAUCCGGGUCAUCAGCCACUACGCCGGAGAGGACGCCACGGAGGCGUUCACUGCUUUUCAUCCCGAUCUAAAGUGUGUGCAAAAGUUUCUGAAGCCUCUGCUGAUUGGAGAGCUGGCAGCGACCGAGCCCAGCCACGACCGGAACAAAAGCGCGACCAUCAUUCAGGAUUUCCACGCGUUACGUACCAAGGUGGAGAGCGAGGGUCUGUUCCGAGCUCGGCCCUGGUUCUUCUGCCUCCACCUGGGUCACAUCCUGCUGCUGGAGGCCCUGGCCUGGCUGAUCGUCUGGGUCUGGGGAACCAGCUGGACGCUGACCCUUCUCUGCGCCGUCCUGCUGGCCACCGCUCAGCUGCAGGCCGGGUGGCUGCAGCACGACUUUGGUCAUCUUUCUGUCUUCAAGAGGUCCAGCUGGAAUCACAUGUUGCACAAGUUUACCAUCGGCCAUUUAAAGGGAGCAUCUGCCAACUGGUGGAAUCACAGGCAUUACCAGCAUCACGCCAAGCCCAACAUCUUCAGCAAGGACCCCGACGUCAACAUGUUGCACGUCUUCGUAAUUGGUGAAACUCAACCGGUGGAGUACGGCAUAAAAAAGAUAAAAUACAUGCCCUACCACCGCCAACACCAGUACUUCUUUCUGGUUGGACCGCCGCUUCUCAUUCCAAUUUACUUCCACAUUCAGAUCAUUCGCACCAUGAUUUCCCGCCACGACUGGGUGGAUCUGGCUUGGUCUGUGUCCUACUACCUGCGCUACUUUUGCUGUUCUAUCCCCCUGUAUGGCCUGUUCGGCUCAGUGCUGCUCAUCAGCUUCGUCAGGUUUUUGGAGAGCCACGGUUUUGUGUGGGUGACUCAAAUGAAUCAUCUGCCCAUGAACAUCGACCACGAGAAGCACCAGGACUGGCUGUCCAUGCAGUUACUCGCCACCUGUAAUAUCGAGGAGUCCCCCUUCAACGACUGGUUCAGUGGACACCUCAACUUCCAAAUCGAACACCAUUUGUUUCCCACGAUGCCGCGCCACAACUACCACCUGGUGGCCCCGCGGGUCCGCGCUCUGUGUGAGAAACACGGCGUCCCGUACCAGGUGAAGACAAUGUGGCGAGGCCUCGCUGAUGUCUUCAGGUCACUGAAAAACUCCGGCGACCUCUGGCUUGACGCAUAUCUCCAUAAAUGACAACUUUAAUCCUCUGCUCUGCACCUCCAAGGAGUGACCCUUUUAUCCCCUUCUGCAUCAUACAUUGAUUGUAUCUGUUCAGUUUUAUAAUCCAGUCGAUAGUGUGGGAACAAUCUUUUCUCAGUCUUGGUGUUAUAGUUGUGGGCUUUUUUCAGAUUCUCUGCCAUGUUUUUAGUGCUGACAAGAUUUCUCUGAAUUGCCUUUCUUCAACAACAGUAGUAUGGCUUUAGAGAUACAAUUGAAAAACUGAUUGUAAGGUAUUUAAAGGGAUCUUUUUUUAAUAACUAUAAUGUGAAGCAGAACAAUAAAAUGAGACAAUUACACGGAACAAUUAAAACUCCUGUAAUUGAGGAUGAAUUAGUUACUGCAUUUCUUUACUCUUGUUCUUAUCUUAGUAAUCAAUAAAGCCAAUGUAUUGACUGUU